CUUUUAUUGUGAAGGGAAAAGGGCGGAAGCGGGGUUGUUUUUCCUGGUGAGGUCACACUGUUAUCACAGAGACUUUGGAGCUGAAGUAUUUUUGACAGCAAAAUGAAGUUUAAUGGAGCUGCCAGGCGCUGUUAGCGCAGUUUUCCCUAAGGCCGAGCCGUGCUGGCUGCUCUGGGAGCGGAGCUGAAGCAGCAGAGCCAUGCUGCUUUGACAACUCCUGUCUCUCCUGGACCUGAGUGAUUGGCUAAACGGCUGCUAGCGUCUGCACUCAGAACAUCUGCAGGUGCAGCAGCAAUAUGACUAAGAGAAGCCCAUCUCUUCAGCUGGUUAAAAGGAUGCUGAACCAUCACUGCAGAGGGAACCCUGAUCUCCAUGAGGAGCUGCAGAUCCAGGCUGCUGUUGCAGCGGGGGACAUCUGCACCGUCAGGAGGAUGCUGGAGCAGGGAUAUUCACCUAAGAUACGGGACGCCAACGGGUGGACCCUGCUGCACUUCUCCGCUGCCAAAGGAAAAGAGCGAUGUGUCCGAGUUUUUCUGGAGCAUGGAGCGGACCCCACAGUAAAGGACUUUAUUGGUGGCUUCACAGCACUGCACUAUGCAGCAAUGCAUGGCAGGGCCCGUAUCGCCCGGUUGAUGCUUGAGUCCGAGUAUCGUGGGGACAUUAUAAACGCCAAAAGCAACGACGGCUGGACACCCCUGCACGUGGCAGCCCACUACGGCCGCGACUCGUUUGUGCGCCUCCUGUUGGAGUUUAGGGCAGAGGUGGACCCACUUAGUGACAAAGGCACCACCCCACUGCAGCUGGCCAUCAUUCGCGAGCGUUCCAGCUGUGUGCGCAUCCUGCUGGACCACAGCGCCAACAUUGACAUUCAGAACGGUUUCCUGCUGCGCUACGCCGUCAUCAAGGGAAACCAUUCCUACUGCCGUAUGUUCCUGCAGAGGGGAGCGGACACAAACCUCGGUCGCCUGGAAGAUGGACAGACCCCGCUGCAUCUGUCCGCCCUUAGGGAUGAUGUGCUGUGCGCUCAGAUGCUCUACGCAUACGGCGCUAAUACCAACACCAGGAACUACGAAGGCCAGACCCCUGUUGCUGUGUCUGUAAGCAUGUCUGGAAUUAGUCGGCCUUGUCUGGAUUUCCUGCAGGAGGUCACCAGGCAACCUCGAAGUCUCCAAGACCUGUGUCGAAUAAAAAUCCGUCAUUGUAUUGGCCUUCAAAGUUUGAAAUUCUUGGAGGAUCUUCCAAUUGCAAAGGUUAUGAAAGACUAUUUAAAACAUAAGUUUGACAGUUUGUGAAGCGGCAACAAGCGAACACAGUGACGGACUCUGUCAGACUAUGCAAGCAUUAUCAUUCUGCUCUAGGAGAAGGAUCCUCUGCUCUGUUCUGUACAUGCUGAAGACCAUUUAGUCCUUUGGGAUUUUGUUUUCUUUACUGACGCUCUAUUAAGCCUUAUUUAAACUUGUUGCAGUUGCUGAACAUUUUUAGAAGCCAGCUUUCUUUUUAGGUGACUGAAACCUAAUUUUAUUGCGUAUGGCAUUUUUCUCUGAAUAAUCACAUUUACAUUUUAUUCAUAUGUUAUCCCAAUGGUGAAGGUUUGAAAAGAUUGAAACAUGGGUAUAUAGAUUUUCAGGUUUUUUUUUUUUUUUUUUUUUUUUUACAAAACUAUCGAAGGUAGCUUUUUUUAUACUUCAACCAACGCAUUGACAGAAAACACAGAGAAGUGGCCAAAAAGUAUGAACAAGACUGGUAUUAACAUCCUGUGACAGUUCAACAGGAGUAAAAAUCUUACCUGGGGAGGCCUAUGAAAGCCCUGGUACGUCCAGCACCUGAGGACAAAAGCCUGUGGAUAGUUAAAAGAAGCUUCACUGCCACCAAAAAGGUUAUGUAGUAAUGAUUCUGAAUAUAAGUAGUAGCUGUUUGAAUAUGUGCAACAAUUUGUCUUUUCUGGGUUUUUUGUCUUAAUCAACUUGAAUCUCUGUUGAAGGACAGUCAGAGGAAAGCAUUUAGUCCAGAGGCUCCUCAGAGCAUUGAUAUUUUUUGGGGGGUUAUGUAAAGAAGUAAUGAGUAAUUGGUAUCCUACCUGUGCUAGAUGACUGCUUUCAUGACUUCGGCAUAGAUGAAGAGAAUUCAAUUUGGAAUCAUCCAAAAAUUGCUGUGCUGGUUCAAGUGAAGGCUAAUUAAUUUAUUUGUGGACUGCCUUACUUUCCUGUUGGUCUCUACUCUGCUGACAUACACUUAACAUGUAGCCUUUUCAUCUAUUUUGCCAUAAGUGUUUCACAUUGGAAACAACCAGACUUCUGUAAAAAAAAAUAGCCUAAUGCAGGCAUGACACUGGUUCAAAGGUUUGAACAAUACUGCUUGCAUGAUCCGUGUUAAACCAGAAGAGUUUUAAAAAGCAGGAGUCCUCUUCGCUCUGGGUUCUGCACUGACCAGCUGUGAGCUCACUGGAACAGUCUCAAUGUCCCAUCCAGGCAGAACGUGCAAAAGGCCUUAUUAACAGUAGGUGAGAUACUAACUGUUUAUAGCUUCUGCACAAACCCUCCCUCCCUUAAAAAAGCUAACAAAAAUAUUCAAAAUAUGUCUUUCAAAGUUUAAGUAAGUUCAUUUUGAGCUGAAACAUUUAUGACUGGAUGUGAUGAUAGCUUACUGUCUGGUUGCACUUUUUUUUUUUUCUAAAGCGACCCGAGAUUUCCUGUAUUUUCAUUGGUUUGGGUGAGGUCAAACAGGACUGUGGAGAUGACGUUGAGUUUGCAGUGAAACUGUCUGACUGACCAUAUGAAGCCGUCAGUGGUUGAUCAGGCUGCAAGUAUUGGUCCACUAGAGUCAUGUGUCCCAGAAACGCCACUGAGGCAUCAUUAGCAGCCAUUUACGAAACACGGCUCUGACUUCUUCAUGGAAGCACCUCUGAGGUGUGAGAGCAAUGGUUUAGCUUUUAGUGGAUAAAAAAAAAACAAGUGUAAGUUUAAAAAAGACAAACGAAAACAAGUCCAGUGUGUUGGCUCAAACCGCUUGAUUUAACUCUUAAUUUGAAAUAGAAUUUAAAAAAGCCAGCCAGUUUUAUUUAAAUAAAUUGGUGGGAGAGUGAAAUAUGUAGUUAAAAUCAUUUGGAAACGUCAGAUAUUGCUUAAAGGCACAGCUUCAGCGAGCCCUAGCAGGCCAUGCUAUGUUCCUUUCCUUGCCAUGUAUUCCAUUUAAGCUGGGGGUGAGAGCGCGGUGGGACCAUCACCUUUCCUCUCUAACGCAGCCGUGUUUCCAGGAACACGGACACUUCCACACCUACAGUCAGGGGAAACAUGUGGCGGCCGAUUUAUGGAGAAUCUCUUCAAGCAAUAAUCUCUGCUGUUCCCAACAUUUACAUUUUGGAAAGUCUUGUGACUCGUUUGGUGUGAAUUCAAUAUUUUAUGUGUGUGAGUUCAUUAAUGUUUCAUUUUGAAUAUGUUCUCUGUAAUAUAAGUUUUUUGCCAUUAAAGUUCUGUGCUUUCUUCGCC